GAGAGCGUCCAUCCGCUCGAGUUUUGCGCUAAAUGCGCCAAAUGGUAGAUUUACACACAACUUGACGGGAACCUCAAACUAAUAAAUGAAUGAGGAAACCUACGCGUGUCUUCCGCAGCACUUUAGUGCGAAGAAGCGCAUAAGUCGAGCCAAAAACACAACAUGUGGAAACGUCCUCGGAGCGCGUUCACGGCGAGCGGCCACAUGAAUGCUUCAGGAAACUGAGGCUAGUAGUUGUCAGCACAUCAACUUCCUCCACUGCGGUCAGCCGGUCCGUGUUCAGUAGCACUGAAGUGUAAAACUCGUCGAGAUGCCGUCGAUCAUACACUGGCUGGAAUCCGGACUGGAUUUCAUUGAAUUUCUGGGAGACAGAAUAUCCAACAACAGCAAGAAGGAACUUCGAGACAUCUACAACUCCGAAUUUAAGGGCAGAAAAGGAGGGAAAGACCCCAGGUUUUCUGAUAUCGUCUAUGCUCUCCUGAAAUUCAACAAAGCCUACAUAAGGCAGGGGAAACUCUACCUCAAUGUGAGACCUCAGGUCAGAGUGUACUGUGACCAGUGGAGGAGGCCCCGGGCCCCUCAGACCAGAGGUGAGAUCCUCGCAGCCUCCUCCUCCACCACCACCCCUGUGCUCACCCCGAAGAAGAAGCUUGCAACAGAAAUCCUUUACAAGCUGAAGGUGAACAGGAAAAAGCUGGUGGCUGACAAAGGAGGCAUUAAGAUCACCUCAGACCCUGCGGCUAUCGGUGGCAAGGUUACGUUCACCGUAGCUCGUCUGAGGGAGCAGUUCGUUGUCCGGUUCCACAUUUUAAACCAGGGCACAAACUGCCUCCACUUCACCUACUACACUGCCCUGCACAGGAUCCGCUGCUUCACGCUGCAGGAUGAGAGGAGGGUGACCAGAGCCUGUCCGCUAUUCCUCUGUGCAGGUGAGAGCUAUGAAGUCGUGGUUCGGUACACGCUGAACCAUUAUGGGUAUUUCCCUGCCACCAUGUACUUUGAGUUCUGCCCGGAUCCGCCGGGGUCGGCGCCCUUCUGCAUCGUCAGAGAGAUGGAAGCUGUGGCUCAGACGCCGCUGGCCGUGGAGCUGGGGCCUGUAGCCCCCUAUAAACCAUUUCAGGCGGUCACAUACAAGCCUGUUGACAACGUGGUAGUGGAGGGAGUACCGCCUGAGAGUUCUGUCGUCCACCCUUUGAAGAUGACAGUGAAAUUAGGAGACUACAAGUACCCUUAUUACCUGAAGGAACUGGCCAAACGAAGGAUGGAGGAUUCUGAGUAUCUGUCUCCCACUGCCAGACAGAAGCUUGCAUCCGUGAAGAGUCUCCUCAACUGUCCCUUAAAGAUGAAUAACUACUCCCAUCGGUUUCACCUCCUGCUGCACCUGGAGGAGAUACAGAUGGAGGUGGACAUCCGAAAAUAUGACCUCCACAAUCAACCCAUGACUCUGGACCAAAGCAACAGGAAACUCCUCACGCUCAGAGUUCCUGGUGUCGCUGAGAAUCGGCCAUCUGUACUUCGAGGAGAUUGUCUGAGGGUGUCCAAAUCUGGGGACACUGAGCAGCCGAUCACAGUUUACACCGGAUAUGUUCACAGAGUAGAGCUGGAUAGUGUGAAGCUGGGCUUCUCCAGAAGGCUGGUGCAGACUUUUAUCAGCAAUAUGAAGUUUGACGUGGAGUUUACUAUCAACCGGUUCCCUUUGAAGCUGCAGCACAGGGCGGUGGACCUGGCAGCACAACAUCAGCUUGGAGAGGUGCUGUUCCCAUCUGGUGCAGCAGCGACUUGUCUUCCCAUGCCUAAACUCAGGAUGUUCAACCGGAAGCUGGAAAACAACCCGGAGCAACAUGCUGCAGUCCAACGCAUUGUAGCUGGAUCAUCAAAACCUGCUCCUCACCUCGUGUUCGGGCCUCCUGGAACUGGGAAAACAGUCACUCUGGUUGAAGCCAUGCAUCAGGUCAGCAGGGCCGAUCCGUCAGCUCACAUCCUCGCCUGUGCGCCUUCAAACAGUGCAUGUGACUUGCUCUGUGAGAGACUGAUGGUGCACAUGGAUUCUCAUCAAGUUUACCGAUUGUACGCCAGCAGCCGAGACCCGAGCACCAUCCCCAAGAACCUGCUGAAAUACUGCAACUGGGAUGAGGGACAAGACAGCUUUGUGUUUCCAGUGAAAGAAAUUCUGAUGAAAUACAAAAUCAUAGUUACAACUAUGAUCACAGCUGGCAGACUCGUGUCUGGAGCGAUCCCAGUCGGCCAUUUUUCACACGUGUUUGUGGAUGAAGGAGGCCAGGCUGUGGAGCCAGAGUGCAUCAUUGCUAUUGCAGGUCUGCUCAGUGCAGAGAAAGGUCAGUUGGUGCUGGCUGGAGAUCCCAAGCAGCUGGGCCCAAUCCUGCGAUCCCCGUUUGCAUUACAGCACGGACUCGGUCUGUCUCUGCUGGAAAGGCUGAUGAAACAUAACGCUUUGUAUCAGAAAAGUGCAGACUCUGGACACUUUGACACCCGUUUUGUCACCAAACUGCUGCGAAACUACAGGUCUCAUGCUGCCAUUCUGAAAAUCCCCAACGAGUUGUUCUAUGAGAAUGAGCUGCAGGUGUUUGCCGACCAGUGGGAGCGCGAGGCCUACUGCAGCUGGGAAUACCUUCCCAAAAAAGGUUUCCCCAUCAUCUUCCACGGAGUGAUGGGGAAAGAUGAGAGAGAAGCCAACAGUCCGUCUUUCUUCAACGUGUCCGAGAUCGAAGUCCUGGUCGACUACCUCACCAAGCUGAUGGAAACUCAAGGAAAGAAGGGUCUCCCCAAGCUCUCUGCGAAAGACAUUGGCAUAAUCGCCCCCUACAGGAAACAAGUUGAGAAAAUCAAAAAGGCCCUGAAGUCCGUCUCAGCGCUGAGUCGAUGGAAUGAUCUCAAAGAACUCAAGGUGGGUUCUGUGGAAGAGUUUCAGGGACAAGAGAGGAAGAUCAUCAUGAUCUCGACUGUCCGCAGUUGCAUCAACUACAUCAAGAUGGACAAAGAUUUUAAUAUUGGAUUCCUUUCCGAUGAGAAGAGGUUCAAUGUGGCUGUGACCAGAGCCAGGUCCCUGCUCAUAAUCGUGGGAAACCCUGUGAUCCUCAACAAGGACCCCACCUGGGAGAAGUUCAUCAACUACUGUGUGAAGGAGAACGCAUACACUGGAUUUGACUUCAAAGAUGCAGCAGGAGAAGAUGACAUUGUGUCAAAACUGGCAACCCUGAAAAUCAACGUCGACUCUGAAGGUCCUGAAGCAGAGGAGAGCGCCAUCCAGCAGUACGUGGACCCUGAAUGGAAGAAUGAGCAUUAAUUUUAGACAAAACAGUGGCUUACUCAAACAAUUAUUAGGUUUGGGUACAUAAUGAUGCAGAGAAAGCCUCUGUAUUACAUUUUUUCUCUUUCCUUUGUUUUACAGCAUAUAUUACUUAGAAAAAAUAUCUUUUUAUGAAUCUUUUCAAGAGCAGUUAUGCAUAUUUUGGUGCAAUAAACGUUGCUCUGUUUUUCAUCAAAAUGCUAAAA